GCAUCAACAGCCUCGAGCAUCACCAAACGUCCCCCAAUUCCUCGACGGCGACGCCAGCGACCUCUACAACUCUUCUCCCUUCAAUAAACACGUUACAGCCUUCACCAUGGGACAUCCCGCUGGUCUUCGCGCGGGAACGCGCUAUGCGUUCUCCAGGGACUUCAGGAAGAAGGGAAUGAUCGCUUUGUCUACAUACCUUCGUCAAUACCGCGUCGGAGACAUUGUUGAUAUCAAGGCCAACGGUGCUGUUCAGAAGGGUAUGCCUCACAAGGUCUACCACGGCAAGACCGGUGUCGUCUACAACGUUACCAAGUCGGCCGUCGGUGUCAUCAUCUACAAGAAGGUCAAGCACCGCUACAUCGAGAAGCGCAUCAACCUGAGGAUCGAGCACGUCGUCCACUCUCGCUCGCGCGAGGGUUUCCUUCGUCGCGUCAAGGAGAACGCCGAGGCCAAGAGGAAGGCCAAGGCCGAGGGCACCACCAUCCAGCUCAAGCGCCAGGCUCUCCAGCCUCGUGAGGAGAGGACCGUUUCUACCAAGGACAACAAGCCCAUCAGCCUUGCCCCCGUUGCCUACGAGACCACGAUUUAAACGGACGACUUUCUUCACACACUGUUUUCUUCGAUCUGGUCGGUCAGGCGCGUUGGGACUUGCAAGCAACUUGGGAGGAGAGUGGACGUUCCGGUCGGCAUUGCUUUCUACUUUUUUUUUUGGACGCAACCCCGGAGUCCCAAAGAAAAACUUUGCAUGGUGUUUUUAAAGAAAAAAACAUGGUUUUAUUUCGGAUCGGAACGGUAUCUUCUCUCACAUGGGACACUGGGACAUGGGGUUGAAAAAAAAUCGCAUUAGGGAUAGAGCAAACUCCCCAAACGCAGAUUCAGACCAACAUUAGGGCCUCUUUGUUAAGGGGCCGGAGUUCUGGCGUCAAGUCGAAUUGUGGAUGUGAUUUUUGUUCAUGUUGGUUUUGCAGACGCUGUACCUAUGCCGUGAUGCUGAAUGCCUUGGCCCAAUUUGACGCAUCACAACAGUACCU